AUGUCCUUCCACAAGCUGCCUGCUGAUUUUCGCCAAAGGAUUCAUGACUAUUAUGAGCAUCGAUACCAAGGGAAGAUGUUUGAUGAAGACAGUAUUCUGGAGGAGCUGAAUGAGCCUUUGCGAGAGGAAAUAGUGAACUUCAACUGCCGCAAGCUGGUAGCAUCAAUGCCACUGUUUGCCAAUGCUGAUCCUUGCUUCGUUACGGCAAUGCUGACCAAACUAAAAUUUGAGGUAUUCCAGCCUACGGAUUAUAUAAUUCGGGAAGGAACUAUCGGCAAGAAGAUGUACUUUAUUCAGCAUGGUGUGGUGAGCGUACUUACAAAGGGCAACAAGGAGGUGAAACUCUCAGAUGGCUCUUACUUUGGAGAGAUCUGCCUGCUGACACGGGGGCGACGGACUGCCAGUGUCCGCGCUGACACAUACUGUCGUCUCUACUCCCUCUCUGUGGAUCAUUUCAAUGAGGUGUUGGAGGAAUACCCAAUGAUGCGGCGUGCAUUUGAGACAGUUGCCAUAGACAGAUUGGAUAGAAUAGGGAAGAAGAAUUCUAUCCUCAUGCACAAGGUUCAGCAUGACUUGAACUCAGGUGUCUUCAACAACCAGGAGAAUGAAAUAAUACAAGAGAUUGUCAAGUACGAUCGGGAGAUGGUGCAGCAAGCUGAGCUCCAUCAACACCAACUAAGUGGUGGGAUGUAUGCGACUUGCAAUCCUCCCUCUCCUCAACCCCAAGUAACAUCUGCUAUAGCAACUCUGCAGCAAGCUGUGGCCAUGAGCUUUUGCCCCCCAAUGGCCAGCCCAUUAGUGGGUUCCCCACGUAUUAUGAGGCGACUCCAAUAUGCCCAAGGAGGGCCUGGAGCUUUUUCUAUGUCCCCAGCUCUUUUCCAGCCAUCCCUGCAGCUCUUGCAGCAUCACCCACCCCCCCAGCAGGGCCCACGUCGGCCAUCGACUGCUGUGCCUAGUCCCCCUAACCAAUCACCACGAGUGUCUCAGAACUUUGCCUACCCGGCCAGGCAUCGAGCAGGCUCACAACUUUCUCUUACCCAAUCUGGGGGUUCUGCUUCCCCACAGCGGCUGUCUGUUCACAAGAGCACUCAUUCUCUGCACUCUGGCACACUUACGCGUGAGUCUCGUCCCCUUUCCGCCUCACAGCCCUCACUGCCUCACGGGGCAUCACAGCUCCGCAGUCCACCAGCUCCUCCUGCUACAACUGGCAGCUUAACGUCUCCGGUGGCCAAAGGAGGUUUGGGACCACAGGCUGGUUCAAGAGUACCUGCCCCUGCAAGACUUGCCCUCUCCCAUCAGUUGUCCUCUUCUGGUACAGUUGGUGGUGUCUCGGACUCUGCAGUGGGAACAUCAUUAGGAGGCAGAAAGGAUUCUGUUGUUAGUGCCCCAGAUACUGAUCCUGUCAGGGGACGGCUGUCUGCAAACUUGUGA